AUGGCAAGCACACUCCCACAGAAGCGGGUGUUGGCCGACACCACCAACUCGAAACAGAACCUGCCCUCUUCCACGGCAUCAGCAAAGAAGCGAAGAGUCGAAUUUGCCCCCUCGUCACAACCACGCCACCCCGGCUCCUCCCAAAACGAUCCCCGGACAAAGCUGAGCGCGAGCCAAGUCAAAAGCGUCUUCGAAUCCGACGUGCUAGAGAAGCUCUCCCAAGACGUGUCCGAGCUCAAGAAUAACAAUGCUGAGAAGGACCAGGUCUGGGACAGGCCACCGGUGGGCGACUUCGUGCCGUCGCGGGAUAACCUCUGCUUCCAGGCCAUCGAGGCCGAGGAAGGAUUCAUCCACGGCGGGAGGACGGCUGUUAAGCUGUUCGGGGUUACCGAGAAGGGGAAUUCGGUGUUGUUGCAUGUGACGGAUUUUAAGCAUUAUCUUUACGUUCCGGCGCCCGUGUCGUUUCAACCGAGCGACUGUGCUGCGUUCGCGACGUAUUUGGACUCUCAGGUUGAUAGCGAUCAGCCUGCUAUUCACUCCGUUACGAUUGUGAUGAGGAUGGACAUCUACGAAUACCAAGGCAACAUCGAGAGUCCGUAUCUCAAGGUUACGGUGUCGGAUCCUAGGUUUAUCAGCAAAGUUCGGGUGGCUAUCGAGUCGGGCCAGGCGAACUGGAAGAAGAUGUUUCCGGUUGAUAAGAAUGGCAAGGUCACCACCUACGACAAUAUCCAAUAUGUCUUGAGGUUUAUGAUUGACUGCCAUGUGCAAGGCAUGUCUUGGGUCGAAGCUCCCGCUGGCUCGUACUCUAUUCUUCCCCACGGAUCGAAGCAGUCUAAUUGCCAAAUCGAAGCCGAGAUAUCUUACAAGAACCUUAUCGCGCACAAGCCUGAAGGUCAAUGGUCUAAAAUUGCCCCCCUUCGCAUCAUGUCGUUCGAUAUCGAGUGUGCUGGUCGCAAGGGCAUCUUCCCGGAGCCAGAGCAUGACCCCGUGAUCCAAAUCGCCGCCAUCGUCAACAGAUACGGAGAGAGCAAGCCGUUUGUUCGGAACGUCUUUUGCCUUGGCGACACGAGUUCCAUCGUCGCGACGCAUAUCCUCGAAUUCAAGAGUGAGGCGGAGAUGUUGAAGCAAUGGCAAAAGUUCCUCGUCACCGUGGACCCGGAUAUCAUCACUGGCUACAACAUUGCGAACUUCGAUUUUCCUUAUCUACUCGGUCGAGCCAGCCAUCUCAAGGUGAACGGAUUCCAGUACUGGACCAGACUCCCCACGGUCAUCACCAAGAUCAAGGACACCAAAUUCUCGAGCAAGCAGAUGGGCAACCGAGACUCAAAGGCGGUCAACACCAAUGGUCGGCUGCAGCUCGAUCUCCUUCAACUUAUCCAGAGAGAUCACCACCUGCGAAGUUACACGCUCAAUUCCGUCAGUGCGCAUUUCCUGGGCGAGCAAAAGGAGGACGUUCACCACUCCAUGAUCACGGAGCUGUUCAACGGAACGCCGGAAUCGAGACGCCGUCUGGCGCUGUACUGUCUCAAGGACGCAUAUCUCCCCUUGCGUUUGAUGCAGAAACUGUCCUGUCUCGAAAACUACACCGAGAUGGCUAGAGUCACGGGUGUUCCCUUCAAUUUCUUGCUGUCGCGUGGACAGCAGGUCAAGUUCAUCAGCCAGCUGUUCCGCAAGGCCUUGGAGCAAAAGCUAGUCGUGCCCAACAUGCCUUCUCAGGGAAGCGACGAGCAAUAUGAGGGUGCCACCGUUAUCGAACCCAAAAGAGGCUAUUACAAAGUGCCCAUCGCAACACUCGAUUUUGCCUCUCUAUAUCCUAGUAUCAUGCAGGCACACAACCUGUGUUAUACUUCGCUCUUAACCCCGGACAAGGUUAAGCAGUUCAAUCUGAAGAAGGAUGAAGACUACAUCGUUACGCCCAAUGGUGACAUGUUUGUCACAGCCAAGGUGAGGAAGGGAGUUCUCGCCCAGAUUCUCGAGGAACUGCUCGCGGCGCGAAAACAAGCGAAGAGGGAGUUGGCGGUCGAGUCGGAUCCAUUCAAGAAGGCCGUGCUGAACGGUCGUCAGCUCGCCUUGAAAAUCAGCGCCAACUCCGUCUACGGCUUGACGGGUGCCACAACGGGAAAGCUUCCAUGUCUCGCGAUCGCACGGAGCACGACAAGCUUCGGCCGCCAGAUGAUUGAGCGGACUAAGAACGAGGUCGAAUCGACGUUCUGCAUCGCCAACGGGUACGCGCACGACGCGCAGGUUAUCUACGGCGAUACCGAUUCGGUCAUGGUGAAGUUCGGCACGCAGGAUCUGGCGGAGACGAUGAAGCUGGGCGAGGAGGCGGCCAAGACGGUGACGGGGAAAUUCAUCAAGCCCAUCAAGCUCGAGUUCGAAAAGGUGUACUACCCGUACCUGCUCAUCAACAAGAAGCGGUAUGCCGGGUUGUACUGGACGAAGCCGGAAAAGUACGAUAAGAUGGAUACCAAGGGUAUUGAGACGGUUCGUCGAGAUAACUGUACGCUUGUGCAGACGGUGAUUGAGACGGUGUUGAAGAUGAUUUUGAUUGACCGUGAUGUUGACGGUGCUCAAGAAUACGUCAAGGACACUAUUGCCGACCUCUUGCAAAACAAAGUCGACAUGUCCAAACUGGUCAUCACUAAAGCUCUCACAAAAGACGACUACGCAGCAAAGCAAGCCCAUAGCGAGCUCGCGAAGCGGAUGAAGGAGCGAGACCCCGGCUCCGCCCCCGGCCUAGGCGACCGAGUGGCCUACGUCAUGAUCAAGGGCGCCACGGGUGCCAAGAACUUUGAAAAGUCCGAAGACCCCAUCUACGUGCUCGAGCACAAUGUGCCCAUCGACACCAAAUACUACCUCGACAACCAGCUAUCCAAGCCCCUAGGCCGCAUCUUCGAGCCGAUCCUGGGCGAAAACAAAGCGCGCAGCUUGCUAACGGGCGACCACACGCGCAUCAUCUCCGUAGCUGCGCCGACGAUCGGCGGGCUCAUGAAGUUCGCGAAAAAGGUCGAGACGUGCAUGGGCUGCAAGAAGCCUCUGACGGGCAAGGACGAAAAGGGCGGGGCGGUAUGCGCGCAGUGCGCCCCCCGCGUGGGAGAGCUGUACAUGAAGACGAUGGAUAAGGUGUCGGAUCUGGAGGUGAGGUUCGGGAGGCUGUGGACACAGUGUCAGAGGUGUCAGGGGAGUAUGCACUGCGAGGUGAUUUGUAGCAGUAAGGAUUGUCCGAUCUUUUAUAUGCGGAUGAAGGCGAAGAAGGAUUUGGAAGAUGCUGGGAAGGAUUUGAAGAGGUUUGAUUGUGAUAAGGCUGCGAUUUGGUAG